GCCAGCCAGAGUUCAGAAAGAACUAGAAAAGGUGAGCUUACUCAGCAAUAAGUCUUAGAGGCUGAAAACAUUCUUAGCCUAGAUAAGAUUAUACAGAGUCUAGAGCUUCCAGGACUAGGCCUAGGUUAACAGACAGGCAGUAAGCCUCAGAGAUGACAAUUAUAUCAGGCAAAUAAAAGAUGGUUUUACAGUUUCCACUUCUCAAACUGCAUGCGGCAGAAUGGGGUGUUGAAAGCCCCAUGCCCUGGCUCCAAAGUCAGGUCCUCAGUGUUUUCCCAGAGCUCAGUAUCUUCACAGAGGGGAACAUUGUGCUAUAGAAGGUUGCUCUUAGGAGACUCAUCUUUCCUUUCCUCUUUCAGGUGUCUAACAGGAAACAGCAACAGAAACUUCCUGCUUACCCUGAGACCAUUUUUGAAGCGGGCCAUUCUGGUCGUCAGUUAUGUAAGUAUAUAAUAUGUAUUUCAAAUGUAGCUAGUAAAGGUUGUUUUCAUUUCGGGAGUGUCUCAACUCAGAGAUAUGCUCUAGAUUAUUUAAUGAACUCACUGCCAAUAUCUUGUAACGAAGGUUUGCAGGUGGUAAAUGUUACUGUUGAACAGAGGUACAUAUGAAAGCACACAUGGGAACCCAAUGGCAUAGUGUGAACGACACAGGGUUAGAGUCCUUCCAGAGAGUUUCCAAAGUGACCUGGCUGUAUUAGUUAUCUACUGCUACACACAGCAUAGUCUGGUGGUGCCCAGAGGCAUAGAUACAGCACCUACUGCUUGUCCAGGCAGUUUUCGUUUGAAAGCUCAGCUGGAUGGUUUCCUAUAUUGUGGUUUGGGGCCAGGGCUGUACAGGCAGGGUUAUCCAUCAUCUAUAAGGUAGAGGACAGUUGAUUCCACUUUUCAUAGAUGAUCAGAAUGCUUGAACAAAGGUGGAAGAGGUAUGAGCGGACAUUUUACCAGGUCUUCUCAUUCCUCCAAGGUGACUGUCAUUUUGUAUUUCCGCCUGUGGAUAAUGGGAGGAACUAUGCCCCUCUUCUCAGAGCAGGACAACCCAGCGUCAUUCUCGCCAUACAUCCUUACCAGGUUCCUUACCUAUUCCUACCUCCUGGCCUUCAAUGUAUGGCUUCUGCUGGCACCCAUCACCCUGUGCUAUGACUGGCAGGUGGGCAGUAUCCCUCUGGUGGAGACCAUAUGGGAUGUGAGGAACCUUGCUACCAUCCUUCUGGCAGUGGUGAUGGCCUUACUGAGCCUGCACUGUGUGGCAGCCUUCAAGAGGCUGGAGCACAAGGAAGUGUUGGCCGGCUUGCUGUUCCUCGUGUUCCCGUUCAUUCCAGCCAGCAACCUCUUCUUCAGGGUGGGCUUUGUGGUGGCCGAGAGAGUCCUGUACAUGCCUAGUAUGGGCUACUGCAUUCUCUUUGUGCAUGGACUGAGUAAGCUCUGUGCUGGGCUGAGCCGAUGCGGGGCCACCUCCCUGAUGGCAUCCACUGUGCUGCUGCUGCUGCUUUUUUCCUGGAAAACUGUGAAGCAGAAUGAAAUUUGGCUGUCGAGAGAGUCCUUAUUCAGGUCUGGAGUUCAGACUCUACCCCACAAUGCCAAGGUUCAUUACAACUACGCCAAUUUCCUCAAAGACCAAGGUCGGAACAAGGAAGCGAUCUACCACUACAGAACUGCCCUCAAGCUGUACCCACGCCAUGCAAGUGCACUGAACAACCUUGGGACCCUGACGAAGGACAUGGCAGAAGCUAAGAUGUACUACCAAAGGGCACUGCAGCUCCACCCACAGCACAACCGUGCACUUUUCAAUCUGGGGAAUCUCCUCAAGUCCCAGGAGAAAACGGAAGAAGCCAUUGUGCUACUGAAGGAAUCCAUUAAGUAUGGUCCAGAUUUUGCCGAUGCCUAUUCAAGCUUGGCUUCUCUACUGGCUGAGCAGGAAAGAUUUAAGGAAGCUGAGGACGUUUACCAGGCUGGGAUAAAGAACUGUCCGGACAGCUCAGACUUACACAACAACUACGCGGUUUUCUUAGUAGACUCUGGCUUUCCAGAGAAGGCCGUGGCUCACUACCAGCAGGCCAUCCAGCUCAGCCCAAGCCAUCAUGUGGCUGUGGUGAACCUGGGCCGACUCUACAGGUCCCUGGGAGAGAACAGCAUGGCUGAAGAGUGGUACAGACGUGCCCUGCAGGUGGCCCGCACGGCUGAGGUGCUGUCACCUCUGGGAGCACUCUACUACAACACUGGCCGACACAAGGAGGCACUGGAAGUGUACCGGGAAGCUGUCUCACUCCAGCCUUCCCAGAGGGAUCUCCGCCUGGCUCUGGCACAGGUUUUAGCAGUGAUGGGUCAGACCAAAGAAGCCGAAAAGAUAACCAGCCACAUAGUAUCUGAGGAGCCCAGGUGCCUGGAAUGCUACCGUCUCCUGUCAGCAAUCUACAGCAAGCAGGAACACCACGAGAAGGCACUCGAGGCCAUAGAGAAGGCUCUUCAGCUGAAGCCCAAGGACCCAAAAGUCAUAUCUGAACUUUUCUUUACAAAAGGAAACCAGCUAAGAGAACAGAACCUUCUGGACAAAGCCUUUGAGAGCUAUGAAGCUGCGGUGACCCUGGACCCCGACCAGGCCCAGGCAUGGAUGAACAUGGGCGGCAUCCGGCACAUCCAGGGAAGCUAUGUGUCUGCAAGGGUCUAUUAUGAGAGAGCCCUGAGGCUGGUACCAGACAGCAAGCUGCUGAAGGAGAAUCUGGCCAAGCUGGAUCGCCUGGAGAGGAGGUUACAAGAAGUCAGAGAGCGGGAUCAAACAUAGAUCAAAAAAGGACACAGUCACGUGGGACUCAGCAGGCUGGAAGAAGACAGACUUGGGGAGGCCUUGCUUACCCUCAGCAGGCUCUCCUGAUGGCACAGUGGGAGACGACCACUGGUGACUGUGCUGAAAGAGUUGUUUCCAUGAAGAGAAACAGCAGAGGAGAGCAGACUGUCUGCAGGGAAGGGGGAUAGCAAGUGCACGCUUGGCCAGCUCCUGUGUGACUCCCAGUCCCCAGGAUAUUAAGCAAUGCUUUGGCAGCAGAUAGUGACCUCCAUUCUUACUAUAGCCCAGAAAUACAGAAACCCUAAGUCCUGUAAACACA